AUGAUGUCCCGUCUGGCGCCCAGGUGGCCUGCCUGGCUCUCCUGGUGGCAGGCGGCCGGCCCUCAGGGAGUCUCCGCACAGCAGAGGACAUGGGCAGGGGCGUCCAGGAUCCCUGGGCCAGGUGGCCCUUGGGGGGCCACGGGCACCAGCCCCCUCGUUCGAAGAGGCAGCUCCUAGGCAUUCUCCUGUACUCCUGAGGUGGUGCUGACCCGGGAGCGCUACUCCGUGCGGCGGCUGCCCUUCUCCGUGGUGUCUGAGGACGACCUGGCUGCCCUGGAGCGCAUCGUCCCUGGCAGGGUCAUCACAGACCCAGAGGAGCUGGAGGCGCCCAAUGUGGACUGGCUGAGGACGGUCCGAGGCUCCAGCAAGGUGCUGCUGAGGCCCCGGACGUCCCAGGAGGUGGCGCACAUCCUCAGGUACUGUCACGAGAGGAACCUGGCCGUGAGCCCACAGGGGGGCAACACGGGCAUGGUGGGGGGCAGUACCCCCGUCUUUGAUGAGAUCAUCGUGUCCACCGCCCUCAUGAACCAGAUCGUCAGCUUCCACAAUGUGUCUGGGGUCCUGGUCUGCCAGGCGGGCUGCGUCCUGGAGGAGCUGAGCCGGUAUGUGGAGGAACAGGGCUUUGUCGUGCCGCUGGACCUCGGGGCGAAGGGCAGCUGCCACAUUGGGGGGAACGUGGCGACCAACGCAGGUGGCCUGCGGUUUCUGCGAUACGGCUCGCUGCGAGGGACGGUCCUGGGCCUGGAAGUGGUGCUGGCCGAUGGCACCAUCCUUAACUGCCUCACAUCCCUGCGGAAGGACAACACGGGCUAUGACCUGAAGCAGCUCUUCAUCGGGUCGGAGGGCACCCUGGGGGUCAUCACCGCCGUGUCCAUCUUGUGUCCGCCCAAGCCCAGCGCUGUGAACGUGGCUUUCCUCGGCUGUCCUGGCUUUGCUGAGGUUUUGCAGACCUUCUGCACCUGCAGGAGCAUGCUGGGCGAGAUCCUAUCCGCAUUCGAGUUCAUGGACGCCGAGUGCAUGAAGCUGGUUGGGCUCCACCUCCGUCUCGCCUGCCCCGUGCAAGAAAGUCCGUUCUACGUCCUCAUUGAGACCUCGGGCUCCGGGGCGGGGCACGAUGCGGAGAAGCUGAGCGGCUUCCUGGAGCAGGUGCUGGGCUCAGGGCUGGUGACCGACGGGACCCUGGCCACCGAUCAGAGGAGGAUUAAGAUGCUGUGGGCCCUGAGGGAGAGGAUCACUGAGGCCCUGAGCCGGGAUGGCUACGUGUACAAGUAUGACCUCUCGCUGCCCCUGGAUAGGCUUUAUGACCUCGUGAGCGACCUGCGGGCCCGCCUCGGCCUGCACGCCAAGCACGUGGUGGGCUACGGCCACUUGGGGGACGGCAACCUGCACCUCAACGUGACGGCAGAGGCCUUCAGCCCGUCACUGCUGGGCACCCUGGAGCCCUACGUGUACGAGUGGACGGCCAGGCAGCGGGGCAGCGUCAGUGCUGAGCACGGCCUGGGCUUCAAGAGGAAGGACGUCCUUGGCUACAGCAAGCCACCCGAGGCCCUGCAGCUCAUGCAGCAGCUCAAGGCCCUCCUGGACCCCAAGGGCAUCCUGAACCCCUACAAGACGCUGCCCACCCGCACCUGA